ACAGCGAGUCUAGGGUAUUUCACGAAGGACAAGAAUAGGCAAAAGAACAAACAAAACGGUCACAACCAAGAACAAGCGGACAUCCUCAUGAAUAGUCAAUUCUACAUGCUGGCAACGUGGCAAACCUACUCUUAAAUCAAAGGUAUCAUCGCUCUUCGGGUGUCCCAGAUGCUCCAAGACCGUUUAUCUUGCUUUUUUAUACAAGAUUAACGGACCAAAUGUUUCACUGAUACUUUAAUUUUACAAUUUCACGCACGUUACACCGACAUGCACCUGAGGUUGCCAGCCCCAUUGGCUAUGACAUGUGUAAGGCCCCACCUGAAAUGCAUGCUUUCACUGGAAUUGGCAUCUGAGACCUUUCAAACUGCCUCGUCCAACCUAACAAUUAGUAUCAGUAAAUCUUUUAGCAAGACUGGUUACACUAUACACAGUCCCCUAUUUGUCCUUACGAUCGUCGAGAUCGAAGACUUUGCGUUACGAGUGGCCAUCUUGGAUGAUCGUGAGUGUCAAAUCUGCUUUGGGGGCCGCCCCCUCGGUUCAUAUAUUAGGAAACGGCAAGAUGGCCGCCCAAGCCGCCAAAUCGCUCAAUCAUGUAGUCUCCUUCGCAGCCGUAAUUAGGGUCGUUAUUGGGGAGGAGCGUUGCGUGACGUCCCUAAUAACGGCUGCGAAGGAGACUAUUAAUAUGACGAUCUUCCAAAAAAUAGGGGACUGUGAACGGCCUAAAGACUGGUGUACAUCACAGGAUCUCCUCACGCAGUUGGAGUCCUUUUGCCGUGCUAUUUAUGGCAACAAAAGCGGAAUCGCAGAA